AAUUGAGUGUUUCAUAAACACUACUCAAAACACGAAGGUGGUGGAAGAAAAGAAGAAGAGGGUUCAUUCGAAAUUCGAAAGAAAGAAAAAAAAAAAAAAGAGACUAGUGACAUUGAUUCUAUUUUCCGACGGAGGAGUGAGAAAUCACAACCUCCACCAACAACAACACUUCAAACCCCAACUUAACACUUUAGUGAUGGAGAGUGCUUUUGCGAGCGCUUCUGCGAUUACAGACCAAAGACAAAAGAUAGAGCAGUACAAACACAUUCUCUCUGCUGUCAUUUCAUCAAAUGACAUCGUUCAAGCUAGGAAAUUCAUAGAUCACAUGUUAUCAGAUGAUGUUCCUUUAGUAGUGUCGCGGCAGCUUUUGCAGAGUUUUGCUGAAGAGUUGGGAAGAUUGGAACCUGAGACACAGAAAGAGAUUGCUCAUUAUACACUUGCUCAGAUUCAGCCUCGUGUUGUGUCGUUCGAAGAGCAGGUUUUGGUUAUUAGAGAGAAACUGGCCGAGCUUUAUGAAUCUGAGGAGCAAUGGUCAAAAGCAGCCCAGAUGCUCAGUGGUAUUGACCUAGAUUCAGGAAUGAGGGUAAUUGAUGAUUCAUUCAGGUUAUCAAAGUGUGUCCAAAUUGCUUGUUUAUACCUUGAGGAUGACGAUGCUGUCAAUGCUGAAUCUUUCAUUAAUAAAGCUUCAUUCUUGGUUAGCAAUAGCGUACAUGAAGUGCUGAAUUUGAAGUACAAGGUUUGUUAUGCGAGGAUCUUAGAUCUGAAGAGGAAGUUUUUGGAAGCUGCCUUACGAUAUUACGAUAUAUCUCAAAUUGAGAAAAGGCAAAUAGGGGACGAGGAAAUUAAUGAGGAAGCACUUGGGCAAGCUUUAUCUGCUGCCGUUACUUGCACAAUAUUGGCAGGCGCAGGACCUCAACGUUCACGUGUUCUCGCCACAUUGUACAAGGAUGAGCGGUGUUCAAAGUUGAAGAUCUAUCCCAUACUGCAGAAGGUGUAUUUGGAAAGAAUUCUCCGGAAGCCUGAAAUUGAUGCUUUUGCAGAAGAAUUGAAACCACAUCAGAAAGCUAUUCUUCCAGACAAUUUCACUGUGCUGGACCGAGCUAUGAUUGAGCAUAAUCUUUUGAGUGCAAGUAAACUUUAUACUAAUAUCAGCUUUGACGAGUUAGGCACGCUAUUGGGAAUCCCACCUCACAAGGCCGAGAAGAUAGCAUCAAGAAUGAUUUAUGAGGAUAGGAUGAAGGGAUCUAUUGAUCAGGUUGAAGCUGUCAUACAUUUUGACGAUGACACUGAAGAGUUGCAACGAUGGGACCAGCAGAUUGUUGGCCUAUGUCAAGCUCUCAACGAUGUUUUGGAUAGUAUGGCCAAGAAGGGCAUUCCAGUUCCUGUUUGACUUGGAUUAUUGCCAAUUUCUUUGUCUAUACAUUCUUCACGAAUCAUCUUUUUGGUUGAUUUUUUUGUCAACUUCACUAUACAUACAUAUAAUAACAUUAAUUUCCUCACAUAUUAGAUUCCAGAUUCGGUUUAUCCAAGGGCUCAUAUGGCCACUUCUUCUGUUUAACUCUGAUGUUCAUAUCGUUGGUUAUUCUGGAUAUAAAUUCCAUUAUGUUUUAUAGAGAAAAUAUAUGAACUUUAAUA